AUGAACAACCUCGUACUCUGCCAUGUUCCAGAACAUGUGACAACAAGACAGUUUAAAGUGUUCCUACGUGCAUUUCACACGUCUGGUUUGCUUUCGGAUUCGGAUCUUUUAUUUUUAUUCGAUUCACUUUCGACACUGGAUUCUUUCAAUAGUGUGAUUCUUCUAGAGAAUAAUCUUUUUUUAAAAGUUGUACAUCGGUACGAAACAGAGUUGUGCAAGGGAAAUACACAUUUUAAUUUUACUUCGAGCAUCAAUGUGACGCGGGUUAAGAAAUCCAAGAAGAAGGUGAUGGACAGACGAGAGCCAAUAUGGGGAGGGGGGAUUAAGAGCCGAUUAACUCGGGUCAUGAGUUAUGGCUCGGUUGUUGGUUUUGAUGUGGGUGAGCUUGACCCGGAGAACUCGUUAUCUGGGUUAAUGGGUCAGGUUCCAAUGAGUCUCAGAAGGUGGGCUUCUUACCCAAUGAUAUUGGGUCGGGUUCGUCGGCAUUAUGAGCACGUGAUGCUAGUUGACGUACAAAAAGUUUUACUACUCGGAGACCCAUUGGGCCGAGUCAAAACACUGAGUCCAGACUCAGUUUUCUUGUCAUCAACCCAUGAGAAAACAAUCAAUCCGGCUGUUAUCAUGGGCGGAAUGCGAGGUAUCCGACGGUUAUCUGUGACAAUGCUGAUGGAGAUCGUUCGAGCAACGACGACUCAGCGGCACAAUUAUAAAACGAAGAUUUUAGUUACUGAGUCGAGUCUGCUGAAACGUCUGGCUACCAAUGUGUUUACUCGUAGGAGUAUACGCAUUGUUGUUACGUCGAUAAUGGAGGCGAGUUCACUCGGUGGGUCUACGAUCGCGAAUCAGACGAUCGUGUGGCGUGAAUAUUAUGAUACGGAUAUAGACUCGGUUGUUAUGAAGUAUAUUUGUUCAUUUUCUAUAGAUUCUGCAGUUUACAUGUAUAUUCUUGUUAAGUGA